UGAUGUGGCCUGGCUAGGUUCCAAAAGGUAUAGUGCAGGCUAUAACUGGUAGGCUGAGCUGACACCGCAAAUGCAACAUUCAGUAAAACUGUAAAGAAGCACCUGUCUGUGUAUAGUACUGAUCGGGCGCUUUAUACUAACAGGAUCAAGAUUUUGAAAAUCAAGAAGUCCUCUCCACUCUUGGUUCUUUCAGGUACACAGUGGUCAAGAUGAACGCAAUGAUGAUGUGUAUUUUCCUGUGUCUUCUGAUGACGGUCUCAUUAACAACAGCAGCAACAACUCAGAUGAGAUGGUGUACGAUAUCAAAUGAGGAGUCCCAGAAAUGUGUUGCCAUGAGAACAGCAUUCAGCUCCAACUCUCUCUCUCCGGAAGUCGUGUGCGUGGCUGGUUCCGAUAUUCCUGAUUGUAUGCAGAAAGUUCAAGACGAACAAGCCAAUUUGAUCACCCUGGAUGGAGGAGAUAUUCAUCUUGCUGGAAAGGAGUUUGAUCUAGUUCCUGUGAUACAGGAAGUAUAUGCACAAGACACAUACUACGGUAUCGCCGUCGUCAAAGCCACUUCUACCGAUCUAAGACUCAGUAACCUAGAGGGGAAGAAUUCCUGCCAUACGGGCGUCAGGAGGACCGCUGGCUGGAACAUUCCUGUUGGAUUUCUCUUGGAACAAGGCUACAUGACGCCCACGGACUGCGGGGAUGACAUCACCGCUGUAUCUCAGUUCUUCAACCAAAGCUGUGCCCCAGGAGCCUACUCCGAAAGGAAUGAUCCAUACGGGCAGAACCCACAAAAUCUCUGCGGUAUUUGCACCGACCCCCGAUGUCCCCCCGAUUCUACCGAGCUAUACCAGAGCUAUGCUGGGGCUUUCAGGUGCCUCGCCGAGGGUGACGGAGACGUAGCCUUCAUCAAGCCUGCAACAGUUAUUGAAAACACGGACGGCAACGGACAGGACACCUGGAACCGAGACCUGAGUUCGGCAGACUUCAGGAUCCUGUGUCCUGAUGGGACGCAAUCUACCGUUGAUCAGGCUGAGAACUGUAACCUUGCCAAGUCUCCAGCCCAUGCUAUUGUGACAUCGCCAAGGACAACAGAUGCACAGAUCCAGGCUUUCCAGGAUGUUCUCAGACAAGCUGUGGAUUUGUUCGGAGACGACAACAAUCAGAAUGGAUUCAAGAUGUUUGAUUCUACCGAUUUUAACGGCCAUGACUUGCUAUUCAAGGAUUCAGCCCAGAAUCUAGCCAACCUUGAGAGCGGUUUGACCUACAGGACUUACCUGGGAACCUAUGCUGAUACCAUUGAUGGUCUAAAGAUGUGUCCAGAAGGCUCUCUGCGAUGGUGCACCACCUCGGCUGUCGAAACUCAGAAAUGCCGUGACAUGAGCGCUGCCUUCAAGGGAGAAGGGUGGAGUCCUCAGAUCUCAUGCUACGAGGAGAUGAGCAAAGGACAUUGUGUGGAUAGGGUCAUCGCUGGUGAUGCUGAUGUAGUGACCCUUGACGGAGGCGAUCUCUUUGAAGCCGGCAACGAUGUGGCACCGAUCGUGGGAGAGAGCUACAGCUCUGGUGGCGAGAACCCCGACGCCAGCUACUUUGCGGUGGCCGUGGCUCGCAAAGGGACCCAGUUUGGCAUGGAUGAGCUUCAGGAUCGCAAAUCGUGUCACACUGGGAUCGGCAAAACGUCGGGAUGGAACGUGCCAGUCGGUCACCUCAUCGACAAUGGUCAUAUCUCAGUCGACGACAACUGCGAUAUCCCCAAGGCAGUAGGGGAAUUUUUCUCGGCUGGGAGCUGUGCACCGGGAGCCAAAACAGACAAGUACGACCCAGAGGGAACCAACCCGAACAGCUUGUGCUCUUUGUGCAUCGGAACGGGGAAUAAUUUUUGCGUCCGGAAUGCAAACGAACCCUACUACGACUAUGCCGGCGCAUUCAGAUGCUUGGCCGAGCAGGCAGGGGACGUCGCAUUCGUGAAGCACACCACUGUCCCUGAUAACACCGAUGGCCAGGGCACAGAGGAUUGGAGCAGGAACCUUAACAGUUCUCAUUACGAACUUCUUUGUGCCGACAACACCCGUGCUCCUAUAUCUGAGUGGCUGACCUGCAAUCUGGCCAAGGUACCUUCGCACGCAGUGGUGACCUCAAACGACAAAACUACUGCACAGAAGCAAGAGAUCCGUGACCUGCUGCUUGAGGGUCAGAAUCUUUUCGGCAGCGACACCGGCACAGGCUUCAAGAUGUUCGACUCCGAGGCCUACGGGGACACCGACCUCCUCUUCAAGGAUUCUACCCAGAUGCUUGUCAACGUCGGCCAGCAGGACACGACUUUGGAGUGGCUGAGUGAGGAGUACGUCAAAUCCUUGGAAGCCAUUGAAUGUAAGACAGGAGGGGCUAUCAAGACCGCUCAGUCAUCCAUGGUCGUCGUGAUGAUCGCAUUCCUCAUUCAGAUGGUCUGGUUUGGCAUGCUAUCGCGCAAGUAAACUCGAUAAGCAAGUCAGGAGUAGGCUGGAGUUGUGCUCAUGCAGUAUGCUUUCCCUUUCCAUAAAAAAAGUUCCUCCUCAAGUCUUUAAGGUUCAGAGCUAAGCAAGAAAUCUAGCUCAGUGUGUUUUUCUUUCUAAAUCCCAUGUUUUUCUUGAUACUGACACACAUAUUAGGAGGAAGAUGGGCAUUUCCGUAAUAAAGUAAUCAACUUUUUUGUAUGUCUGACCCAUAUUUUUAAUUCCUGAUUCUCAAUCUGAUCUUACAGUGACAAUUUGGAAGGAUUACACCAUUUUAUGUGAACUAGAAAUCAGAGACAAAUCAAUCCAGGGAGAUCUCACAUAGAGGUUCCAGACUAACUUACAUCCUUCUUUGGAAUUGCCAAAUUGCUGGGGGGGGGGAUGUGACUGAAUGAAGCAGUCGGUGGCAAAAGUAGCACUGAUAUUUAGCGCGGGUGCCUCAUAAAGUCACUACAAGCAUCUUGAGUGGCCCAUGUUCCGCUCCAGUUCCUUUCAUACAGGAUCCAAACCUUGUAUGGCCUUGGGUUCAACGGCGGACCUUACCAGUUCAGGGGCCAGACCGAUUUUUGCACAAUAUUCGGUCUCUCAAAACUAUUGCAUCAUACCCGGCUGGACCCGCCUCUGCUUAAUUUACUUCCGAAACACUGCCUUACCCGAAAACUUGGUCGAGAAAAAUAAAAGAGAGAGCUUUAAAACAAGAGACUUGUUUUCAGAGCUUUGACCCCUGAAGAAUCCUAGGCGAUGCCCUUACGUAAUGUACGAGUAGGUCUAGAACCUCUAUGUAAAACUUUCAUGAAAUGAUCUGUCCUAGGGGGUGUUGCAAGAAAAUGGUGUUUUCAAUCAAUCGCAAAUAUUCUGUUGCAAUUUUACAAUUGAUUAAUCACUUUUAACUAUAGGAAAUCGGAUUACACUCCUUGUUUCAUGGAGCAGUUUGGCAAUUAAUUACAAAUUUGCGAUUUUGAAUUGCACGGUACAUGCUUGAUUUCGAGAACGAAAGCAGACUUGCAAUUGAUCGCAAGUUUUUUGCAACGCGCCUUUCUAGUUCAUAUGAAAUAGUGUAAUUUUCCCAGAUUAUUAUGGCAAGUGCAGUUCCCCCCCCCCCCUUUUCCGUUUGAGCUUCCAAGUUUACAAUAUUGUCUUUUAAUGAGCAUCUUAGAUUCAUAUAAGCAACGAUGAUGGCUUGCUCCUUUGCAAAGAAAAUACCAAACUAGGCGUCGACAUAAGAAGUGUCACCCUUGGUAGGACCAUUGCCUUUUGGAUGGUAGUCGACAUGAGUCUAUGUCACUUUCAACAGACCGACCCGUUACACGACCUGAGCUCUCCUUUCCGUUUGAAAUGAUGGUGUGACCUGCAACCAUGGUACCCGGAAAUGGCUUUAUCCACUUCAUGUUGCUUUUAAUACCUUAUCAAUUAAACAAAUGCUUAUUCUUAUAUCAAUUAGGAAUUGGCCAUGGUUGGAUUGGUAGGUGAGUAAAGCUCACUCUGCAAUAAAAUGUCGGGUAGCAAACACACAUUUCUGGGGAAGUUUGUAGGAUUAUUUCCAACAUUUUCUCAUACUUAAAUAGCAUUCGUUUCACGGAAUGGAAUUUGUCUAACAGUUGUUUCUUGUCACUUCAUCUACGGUGUAUGUUCUGUCUUCUUUAUCUUUCCUAAUCUUUGAAUAUAUAGAUUCAGCUUUUCUUUUAUAGGUUGUUUUGGUUAAGAAGUAAAGGUUAUAAUUUAUAUUCCUUUUUUUUAGUUUAGUUUAAUUUUGAAGUGUGAAAUUAUUUGUAUUUUGAAAUAUGAAAUUAUUUCAUGUAAAAUAAGUCAUAGUUUUAUUUCAUGAUAAUUAACACAGUUUAAUUCCAAAUGUAGUGGGAUAAUUGUUUGCUGGAGAAUAUGAUUUUUAUAAAUCAGUAGGCCUGUGUCUGGGGAUAAAAUGG